AUGGGUAGAGGAAGGUGUCAGGGACUGCGUGGAAAGGACUUUGGUGGUAAAAGGUACUUCCAGGUUUUGUUGUGUGUAGUCACUCUUCUGUUACUUGCUGUUUGCUACUCCCAGGUGAACUGCGGUUCAGAUAAGUGUAACUAUGUGGGAACAUAUUCUACACCCUGCUGCUUUAAAUUUGCACCACUGUCUUUUGGAAGGAUUCAAAGCUACUACACUACGAGCAGCUUGUGUUCUAAUCCUGCCAUUAUUUUUAUUACUAAGAAUGGAAAAGUCUGCACCAACCCAAAUGACAGCUGGGUCAUUGAUUACAAAAACCAUCUGGACAGACAAUCUGGUUAA